CCGCAUCCGGCAACAGCGCCGGCAGGCGGGAGCAACAGCAACAGCAGCAACCGCCUGCCCGCAACUCCCCUUCACCUCCGGCGAAGAAAUCCCCCCAUGGCAGCGCAGCAGCCCUCCUCCGCCUCGACCCACCACUCCGGCGACCGGUGGCCGCCGCUGGAGUCCAGCCCCGAGGUCUUCAACCAGUUCAUGUGGUCGCUGGGUGUGCCGCAGGGCGAGGCGGAGUUCCACGACGUCUACGGGUUGGACCCCGAGGCGCUGGCGAUGGUGCCCCAGCCUGCGCUCGCCGUCCUCUUCUGCUUCCCCGAUCCGCCCGAGGACCCAAGUAAUCCCCAAGAGCAAGUCUUAGCUAAAGAAGAGAAGACAACCUCAGAUGAGGUGUAUUUCAUAAAACAGAUCGAUUCAUUAGGAAAUGCUUGUGGAACUAUCGCUUUACUUCAUGCUGUUGGAAAUGCUUGUUCAGAAAUAAGUUUAUUGGAGAAUUCAUGCUUGGACUUGUUCUUCAAAUCAACAGCCAGCAUGGACCCAUACGAGCGUGCAAGAGUUCUUGAUAAGGAUGAUGACAUGGAAACAGCUCACUCAUUGGCUGCCAGUGCUGGUGACACAGAGCUCCGUGACAUUGUGGAAGAGCAUUAUAUUUGUUUCAUGGUUCUCAAUGGAACGCUUUAUGAGCUUGAUGGAAUGAAGGGUGGACCAAUAAAACAUGGUUCCUCGUCUCCUGAAAGUUUACUGCAGGAUGCUGUGCAUAUCAUUAAGGCCAUAAUGCAUAAGAUCCCCAAUUCGAUGAACUUCAAUGUCAUGGUGCUAUCAAGAAAACCAAAAUAAAGUGGUGGUAUUUUUGUUUCAAGUUGAUUAUUGAUGAGAUAUGGUAAAAGGGCUGAAAGUCAUCUGUUUUGAGCAAACAGCACCAACUUGUUACUCUUGCACAAGAGCUCGUGCCUGGUACUCAUAUGGUAUUUUUUACUCUUUGAAGGGUUAGAUUAUUUUGUGUAUCUACUUCUAUUGUGUGUGUACCCUUUUAAUUACCAUUUAGAUAAAAUUCAGUCAUUUUUUCAGUACUUUCA